AUGAAGAAAGUAGAAGUGGUGUUUAUCCCUUCUCCAGGUGUGGGACAUCUAGCAUCCACCCUUGAGCUUGCUAAGCUUCUUAUCAACCGUGAUAACCGUCUCAGUAUAACCGUCUUGGUCAUCAAGUUUCCAAACACAGAUGAAAAAGUACAAACCAUUUCGUCCUCCUUCGACUCAGAAAAUCUCCAUGUCAUUAACCUCCCUGAACGUCCUCAUGUUUCCUCCACUUCUGAUGGAGCUUACUCUGCCAGUGCUCUUGCUGAAAGCCAAAAACCAAACGUUAAAGAAGCUGUUUCCAACAUCAAUGGACAACUUGCUGCUUUCGUAGUUGACAUGUUUUGUACCACCAUGAUUGAUGUUGCCAACGAAUUUGGUGUUCCGUCCCUUCUCUACUUCACUUCUGGUAUUGCUUACCUUGGUUUGGUGCUUCAUCUUCACACACUUUUGGAAAACAACUUAGAAGCGACUCGAUUGUUGUUGCAGCAGGACGAGUUGGACAUCCCGAGUUUCUCUAAACCAGUUCCUACAAACACAUUGCCCACUGUGGUGCUCCGCAAGAAGUGGGAAUCAGCUUUCAUCCACCAUGGCAGAGGACUCAAGAAAGCUAGUGCUAUUAUAGUAAACUCGUUUCAUGAGCUAGAACCACAUGCGGCUCACUCAUUCUUGGAAGACUCGGGUCUACGUGGUUUACCCAUAUAUCCGGUGGGCCCCAUAUUAAACCUCGACACCAAACCCAAUCCUGAGCCCAGGCCUAAUGGUGUUGUUGAUUCUAAAGACACAAUUAAGUGGCUAGAUGACCAACCUCAUUCUUCGGUAAUUUUCAUCUGCUUUGGGAGCAUGGGUGCUUUUGAUGAGAAUCAGGUUAGGGAGAUUGCAUGUGCUAUUGAGAAAAGUAGAGCCCGCUUCCUGUGGUCCAUGCGGAAACCUCCGCCGAAGGGAACCAUGGGUCCUGUGUCUGAUUAUCCUUUGUCUGAUUUGGUUGCAGUUUUACCUGAAGGGUUCUUAGAUCGAACAGUGGAGAUUGGAAGGGUCAUCGGAUGGGCACCUCAGGUCCAAGUACUUGCCCAUCCAGCCACGGGAGGCUUUGUUUCGCACUGUGGUUGGAAUUCGACUCUUGAGAGCAUAUAUUAUGGUGUGCCUAUUGCCACAUGGCCACUCUUAGCUGAGCAACAGACCAAUGCUUUUGAACUCGUGCGUGAGCUGAAGAUGGGAGUGGAGAUUGCCUUGGAUUAUAGGAUGGAGUAUGAUGUUGGAAGUAACUAUCUUUUAACUGCAGACAAAAUCGAGAGAGGAAUAAGAAGUGUGAUGAAAAAGAAUGGAGAGAUAAGGAAGAAAGUAAAAGAAAUGAGUGAACAAAGUAGGAAGACAUUAUUAGAGGGUGGAUCUUCCUACACUUGUGUAAGUCAUUUGAUUGAUUAUAUUAUUAAUCAAGUAUAA